AUUGUGACCCUGUUGACGGAGCACCGUGAACGUGAUGACGGAGAGGAGGAAUAUUGAUGAUGGAGUGGAAGAAUAUAGAGAAACUCCUUCGCCAGCACCAACUUCCAAAUUUCAUAAUUCAACUUCUUCGCUUUCUCAGUUCCAUUUCUCUCUCACACAGUUUCACUCAAAAACACACAUUGGCGUUUACAUUAAAAUCAUCUGCUACUAAUUGUAAUUGGUAGCAGAGUAGGGAUUUGGAUUCUAAUGGAGGAACGGACAAAGGGGAAGAAGAUGAAUAGUAGUUCAGGGAGACAACUGAAGGCUAUGCUUCGGAAGAACUGGCUUCUAAAAAUUCGUCAUCCUUAUAUCACUCUUGCCGAGGUUCUGCUUCCCUUGGUGGUGAUGCUAAUGUUAAUAGCCGUAAGGACACAAGUUGAUACAAAGAUCCACCCUGCUCAAUCGUACAUUAAAAAAGAGACAUUUGUGGAUGUGGGGAAGAGCUAUAUAUCUCCAACUUUUAAUCAAGUUCUGGAAUCAUUGUUGGCCAGUGGUGAAUAUUUGGCUUUUGCACCUAACACAAGUGAUACAAGGUUGAUGAUUGACAUUUUAUCAUAUAAAUUUUCCUUAAUGAAGCUGGUUACAAAAGUAUACAAAGAUGAAUUAGAGCUCGAGACUUAUUUAAAAUCAAAUCUCUAUGCUGCUUGCAGUGAAGUGAAGAACUGUUCGAAUCCAAAAAUCAAAGGAGCAAUAGUGUUUCAUGGUCAAGGUCCUAAUUUAUAUGACUACAGCAUUCGUCUCAACCACACAUGGGCUUUUUCCGGAUUUCCAGAUGUUAAAAACAUCAUGGAUAUUAAUGGUCCCUAUGUCAAUGACUUGGAACUGGGCCUCAAUCAGAUACCAAUUCUGCAGUAUGGCUACAGCGGUUUUCUAACUCUCCAACAAGUCAUGGAUUCAUUUAUCAUUUUCUAUGCACAACGAAAGGCGGCUAAUGUAGUAAGUGACGACACCUUUGACCCAAGUGAGUCGCCAAUGUCCAAAUAUAUUGUGUCCAACUCACUCAAGAUACCGUGGAGUCAAUUCACGCCAUCAACCAUAAGGCUAGCUCCGUUUCCAACUCGUGAAUAUACUGAUGAUGAGUUCCAGUCCAUCAUCAAGGAUGUCAUGGGAAUCCUGKACUUAUUGGGGUUUCUUUUUCCAAUCUCUCGCCUAAUUAGCUAUUCGGUUUUUGAGAAGGAGCAGAAAAUAAAGGAAGGCCUCUACAUGAUGGGACUGAAGGAUGAGAUAUUCCAUCUUUCUUGGUUUAUUACGUACGCUUUACAGUUUGCAGUUUCAUCCGGAGUCAUCACUGUUUGCACAAUGGGCACACUGUUUAAAUACAGUGAUAAGUCAUUGGUAUUCAUGUAUUUCUUUCUGUUCGGACUCAGUGCGAUAAUGUUAUCCUUCCUGAUCUCUACUUUCUUCACACGAGCAAAAUCAGCUGUGGCAGUUGGAACACUUGCUUUUCUUGGAGCCUUCUUUCCCUAUUAUACAGUGAAUGAUGAAGCUGUUUCGAUGGUCUUAAAAAUAUUGGCUUCUUUGCUUUCACCAACAGCAUUUGCUUUAGGGUCAGUCAAUUUUGCCGAUUAUGAGCGUGCACAUGUUGGACUCCGUUGGAGCAACAUUUGGCGGGCAUCUUCUGGAGUGUGCUUCUUAAUCUGUCUGAUUAUGAUGGUGCUUGACUCUUUACUGUACUUUGCAGUUGGCCUGUAUCUGGAUAAGGUUCUUCAUAAGGAGAAUGGAAUGGUGUACCCAUGGAACUUCAUCUUGCCAAAAAGCUUUUGGUGGAACAGAAAUGCAAAUAAACAGUUUGCUUCUAGUUUAGAAGUUAAUGGUGAUAAUCAAGAGAAGUGCACUUCAUCUCAGUCGACAAUGGAAGCGAUAAGCUUAGAUAUGAAGCAGCAAGAGGUGGAUGGCAGAUGCAUCCAAAUCAGGAACCUGCACAAGGUGUAUAGUAGCAGCAAGGGGAAGUGUUGCGCUGUUGAUUCUUUACAGCUUACAUUAUAUGAAAACCAACUACUUGCACUUCUAGGACAUAAUGGUGCUGGAAAGAGCACAACUAUUUCCAUGCUCGUUGGCCUUCUUGCUCCUACUUCUGGAGAUGCCUUGGUUUUUGGAAGAAGUAUCUUAACAGACAUGGAUGACAUACGGAAGAAUUUGGGUGUUUGUCCCCAAUAUGACAUCCUUUUCCCAGAGUUGACGGUGAAGGAACAUUUGGAAAUUUUUGCUAAUAUAAAAGGAGUGAACGAGGAAUCCAUGGAGAGCAGUGUAACUGAAAUGGUUGACGAAGUGGGAUUGGCAGAUAAACUUAAUACUUACGUAAGUGCUCUUUCUGGAGGCAUGAAAAGGAAGUUGUCCCUUGGCAUAGCAUUGAUUGGAGAUAGUAAGGUUGUUAUUCUUGAUGAACCAACUAGUGGAAUGGAUCCAUACUCCAUGCGAUUGACAUGGCAACUUAUCAAAAGAAUAAAGAAAGGUAGGAUAAUACUGUUAACGACACACUCGAUGGAUGAAGCUGAUGUACUUGGCGACCGCAUAGCAAUUAUGGCUAAUGGUUCUUUGAAAUGCUGCGGAAGUUCUCUCUUCUUGAAGCAUCAGUAUGGGGUUGGUUAUACUCUUACUUUGGUGAAGACUUCGCCCGGGGCAUCUGCAGCUGCUGAUAUUGUCUACAAACAUAUUCCAUCAGCAACAUGCGUGAGCGAAGUUGGAACUGAGAUUUCCUUCAAGCUUCCUCUGGCAUCCUCUGCUUCCUUUGAGUACAUGUUUAGGGAAAUUGAAAGCUGCAUGUCAAAGUCAGAUCCUCACUUAAUAAGCUUGGAGCAUGAGGAUUGCACAGAUUUUGGUAUAGAGAGUUAUGGCAUAUCUGUGACGACCUUAGAGGAGGUAUUCUUGAGAGUUGCAGGAUGUGACAUCAAUGACGAGGAGUGCCUGGAGGGAAGAACUACUGUUGCUGUGCUUGAUUCUACUCCGUCUCAAACCUGUAAUGGUUAUGUUGAGGAUAAAAGAUCAAGUUCCAAAUUUUUUGGAAAUUAUAUAGUUGUGGUUGGGCUAAUGCUUUCCGCAGUUGGUAGAGCCUGUACUCUUGCCCUUGCUGCAGCCUUGAGUUUUUUAAGUUUCGUAGGUUUGCAAUGUUGUUUCCCUUCUGUCAUUACGAGAUCAACAUUCUGGAAACAUUCCAAGGCAUUGCUCAUAAAGAGGGGGAUAUCUGCUCGCAGAGACCGGAAGACAAUUGUUUUUCAGUUGUUAAUUCCUGCUAUGUUCUUGUUUAUUGGUCUUCUCCUGCUAGAACUAAAGCCGCAUCCUGAUCAACCGUCCAUAACCUUCACAACUUCCUACUUCAAUCCACUACUUAGUGGUGAAGGGGGUGGUGGUCCCAUUCCUUUUGAUCUAUCUUUGCCUGUCGCGCAAGAAAUUUCACAUUAUAUAGAAGGGGGCUGGAUUCAAAGGUUUAAAGAGAGCACAUAUAGGUUUCCUGAUCCUAGCAAAGCAUUAGAAGAUGCUAUUGAGGCAGCAGGGCCAACUUUGGGGCCAAUCCUUCUUUCCAUGAGUGAGUACCUGAUGUCCAGCUUCAAUGAAUCCUAUGAGUCAAGAUAUGGGGCUAUUGUAAUGGACGCACAGAAUGAUGAUGGUAGUAUAGGGUACACGGUUCUACACAACAGCACUUGUCAGCAUGCUGCUCCAACCUUUAUCAAUUUAAUGAAUGCGGCAAUUCUUAGGCUUGCCACACUUAAUGGGAAUAUGACCAUACAAACACGUAAUCAUCCACUGCCAAUGACACAAAGCCAGCGCCUGCAACGUCAAGACCUGGAUGCAUUCUCUGCAGCAAUUGUUGUGAGUAUCGCCUUCUCCUUCAUUCCUGCUUCAUUCGCUGUCGCUAUUGUGAAGGAGCGUGAAGUAAAAGCAAAGCAUCAACAACUAAUUAGUGGGGUUUCCAUAUUGUCGUAUUGGGUAUCAACAUAUAUUUGGGACUUCAUAAGCUUCUUAGUUCCUUCCUCUUUUGCAAUGCUUCUCUUCUACAUCUUUGGCCUGGAACAGUUUAUUGGAAGUGAUUCUCUAUUUCCUACCAUCCUCAUUCUGUUAGGAUACGGUUUUGCUGUUGCAUCUUCGACAUAUUGCCUAACCUUUUUCUUUUCGGAACACAGUAUGGCACAGAACGUGGUACUGUUGGUCCACUUUUUCACGGGGAUUGUUCUUAUGGUAAUAUCAUUCAUUAUGGGAUUCAUACCGGCGACUCAAGACAUGAAUUCUUUUCUCAAGAACUUCUUCAGACUAUCUCCAGGAUUUUGCUUUGCUGAUGGACUAGCAUCCCUAGCUUUAUUACGUCAAGGAAUGAAAAUUGGAUCAAGUAGUGGAUAUUUUGGGUGGAAUGUCUCAGGUGGAUCUAUUUGUUAUUUGGCUGUCGAGGGUGUCGUUUAUUUCCUUUUAACAAUUGGGCUUGAAUUUUUUCAUCCCCACCAAUUAACUUCAUUUAGCAUUUUGGAGUUUCUAAGAAGUUUCAGAAGAACCGGUCCCACUAUUUCUGAUGCAUAUUCUGAACCCCUUCUGAGAUCUUCCACAGACAGUGCUUCUAUUGAUCUUGAUGAAGAUGUAGAUGUCAAAACUGAACGGAAUAGGGUCCUUUCAGGUUCCAUCGAUAAAGCUAUCAUCUACUUGCGUAAUUUGCGGAAGGUAUUUCCUGGAGGAAGGAACCACGGUAAGAAAGUUGCGGUCCAUUCAUUGACUUUCUCGGUUCAAGAAGGAGAAUGUUUUGGUUUUCUGGGGACAAAUGGAGCAGGGAAGACCACUACUUUGUCUAUGCUAUCAGGAGAAGUAUAUCCUAGUGAUGGAACUGCAUUCAUUUUUGGUCAAGAUAUGCGACUAAACCCCAAAGCUGCUCGCCAGCAUAUUGGGUAUUGUCCACAAUUUGAUGCUCUGCUAGAAUUUCUUACUGUCCAAGAACAUCUUGAGCUCUAUGCAAGAAUAAAAGGCGUCCCAGAAUACAUGCUUGAAAAUGUUGUAAUGGAUAAGUUAGUAGAGUUUGACUUGUUAAGACAUGCUACUAAACAAUCAUUCACCCUAAGUGGGGGCAAUAAACGCAAGUUAUCUGUUGCAAUUGCAAUGAUUGGAGAUCCUCCUAUUGUUUUUAUGGAUGAGCCAUCCACAGGAAUGGAUCCUAUUGCAAAACGGUUUAUGUGGGAAGUUAUAUCUCGUCUAUCAACUAGAAGUGGAAAGACUGCGGUCAUUCUAACUACUCACAGCAUGAAUGAAGCUCAAGCACUUUGCACAAGAAUUGGGAUAAUGGUUGGCGGAAAGCUAAGGUGUAUUGGCAGUCCACAGCAUCUAAAAACACGAUUUGGAAAUCAUCUUGAAUUGGAGGUCAAGCCUACUGAAGUUAGCUCUGUAGACUUGGAAAACCUUUGUCAGAUGAUUCAAGAAAGGCUGUUUGACAUCCCUUCUCAUCCAAGGACCAUCUUUGGUGACCUUGAAGUUUGUAUUCGUGGCGAUGACUCAAUAACACCUGAAGAUGCUUCAGUCACAGAGAUUAGUUUGUCAAGAGAGAUGAUAAUCUUGGUUGGACGCUGGCUUGGCAACGAAGAAAGAAUAAAGACUCUUACAGAUCCUGUUGGCUGUGGUGGGGCUUUUAAUGAGCAAUUACCUGAGCAGUUGGCUCGUGAUGGUGGUCUCCCACUACCAAUAUUCUCAGAGUGGUGGUUAGCAAAAGAGAAAUUCUCAAUGAUAGAUUCGUUCGUUCUAUCUUCAUUUCAUGGGGCAACGUCUCAAGGUUCCAACGGGUUGAGCGUUAAAUAUCAGUUGCCACGUGGAGAAGACGUCUCACUUGCCGAUGUUUUUGGUCUCAUAGAGCGAAACAGAAACCAACUAGGGAUAGCAGAGUAUAGCAUCAGCCAAUCAACCCUUGAAACCAUUUUCAACCACUUUGCAGCCAAUUCAUGAUUACAGUAGUCCUAUGUAAAUCAAUGCUUAUACUUUCCUUUCCAUCAACUAUGGUUAUCUUAUAUAAUAUAAUUUUUGCCUUUAUUGUACUUG